AUGCUGGACACCAUCAGCAGCCAGUACGAUUCCUUCAUCUACUGGAGGAUGCCCAUCCCGCGGCUGGACGUGGCGGAGCUGGAGGGGCUGGGGCUCAGCGACAUGGCCCUCUACAAACCCAAAGGAGGGCUGGGCAAGCUCGUCGGCGAGAGGGAUCAGGUCAGCCAGGACAUCUCCGACGAAGAGGACUGCAGUCUGCUGCAGUUCAACAGCUUUAAUUUCUGGAGAGCUCCAAUCGCCAGCAUUAGCUCGUUGGAUUUUGAUCUAAUUUGA